AUGGCUCUGUGUUUGUCAAAUUUCCUCUUCCUAUGCACAGCCUUCUUGCUGUCUUUUGCCUCUGCUGCAACACGCGUGUAUAACUUCACUGCUGGUUGGGUGACCACCAAUCCCGAUGGCUUGUUCAACAGGACGACCAUCGGCAUCAAUGGCCAGUGGCCUUUGCCCCGGAUCGAGGCCGACGUGGGUGACAGGGUGAUUGUCCAUCUGAAGAACGAUUUGGGAAACCAGUCUACCUCGAUUCACUUCCACGGACUAUUCAUGAACGGCACCAAUCACAUGGAUGGCGUUGCGGGGACGACACAAUGUCCGGUGCCUCCUGGAGCCCUGUUUACCUAUGAUUUCAACGUCACUCAGCCAGGCACAUACUGGUACCAUUCGCAUGUUGACGGGCAGUAUCCGGAUGGAUUUAGAGGGCCCCUUAUCAUUCACGAUCCAGAGAACCCAUAUGCAGACCUCUACGACGAGGAGUUGGUGUUGACGCUCUCAGACUGGUACCAUGAGCAGAUGCCCACGCUGAUCAAGAAGUUCAUGAGCGUUACCAAUCCCACAGGUGCCGAGCCAGUACCACAAUCGGCUCUCAUGAACGACACCCAAAACCUCCAAAUUCACGUGCAACCCGGCAAGACCUACUUCUUGCGCAUCAUCAACAUGGCCGCCUUCGCCGCCCAAUACUUUUGGAUCGAAGGGCACACUUUCCGCAUCAUCGAGGUGGACGGUGUGUACCACGAGCCCGCCGAGGCGAGCAUGAUUUACGUGACUGCGGCACAGCGGUAUGGUAUUCUGCUCACCACAAAGAACGAGACGGACGCGAAUUACGCCAUCAUGGGCUCGAUGGACCAAGAUUUGUUCGACGUCGUCCCCGAGGGGCUGAACGAGAACGUGACGAGCUUCUUGGUCUAUGACGCGGACAAGCCCCUGCCAAAGCCCAAGUUCAUUGAUGAAUUUGAGCCAUUUGAUGAUAUGGAGCUCAUCCCCACCGAUGGAGAAGAGCUGCUUGAAGAUCCUGAUCUGGUUGUCCAGCUCGAUGUGGCCAUGGACAAUCUGGGCGACGGAGCCAACUAUGCAUUCUUCAGCGGUAUCACCUACGUCCGGCCCAAGGUGCCCUCCCUCUACACGGCCCUGACGACGGGCGACCUUGCGGCCGACCCCACCGUCUACGGCGUCAACACACACCCGUACGUGCUCGGCCACAACCAGGUGGUCGAGAUCGUCCUGAACAACCAGGACCCGGGCAAGCACCCGUUCCACCUGCACGGCCACGCCUUUCAGGCCAUCGUCCGCGGCGAGGAGGAGUCGGGCGACUACGACGCCAACGCCGUGAUGGACGGCAGCCUGGUCCUGCCCCGCCGCCCCAUGAGGCGGGACACGCUCCUGGUGAGACCCAACGGACACAUCGUCAUGCGGUUCCGCAGCGACAACCCCGGCGUGUGGUUGUUCCACUGCCACAUCGAGUGGCAUGUAGAUUCAGGGUUGGUCAUGACGUUUGUCGAGUCCCCCUUGAAACUGCAAGAAACACUCCACAUCCCCGAGGACCACUUCUCCGCAUGCGCGGCGCUGGACCCUCCGAUGCCGACGGCCGGCAACGCAGCCGCCAACACAGAGUCGCUGCUCGACCUGACUGGCGCGGCGGUGCCACCGGCGCCGCUGCCCGACGGCUUCACGACGCGCGGCAUCGUCGCCCUGACCUUCAGCAUCGUCGCGGGUCUGUUGGGCGUCGCCACCAUCGUGUGGUACGGGCUCGGCGAGAUGGGGACCAUCGAGGCCGCGCGCGAGAAGGCCAAGAUCCAGAAGGUCGCGGCCGAGCGGGGCGUCGUGUCCCGAACUAAUACCGCUGGCACGAUGACGCCCGUGGUGUCUUCUCCCACUGUCGGUGGCGCGAGCGGGAGCGGUGUUCAACCUCGUGCCGGCGGUGUCAGCACUGCGGAGGAGGCCAGGUGA